CCGCGAUGGCGGCGCGGGGCCGGUGCCCCGAGUGCGGCUCGGAGUCGCUGGUGGAGGACGCGCACUACGCGCAGCAGCAGCUGGUCUGCGCCGCCUGCGGCUGCGUCCUGUCCGAGGGACUCCUCACCACCACCUACACCGACGAGGAGCAUCUGCGAGAGGUCGCCUAUUCCCAGAGCACUGGCCAGAAGGAGCAGCUGAGCCGCUGCCUGCAGCGAGGGAUCCGGCGGGUGCAGGACCUGUGCAAGGUGCUGCAGCUCCCGGCGGUGUUCGAGGAGACGGCCGUGUCCUACUUUCAGAGGGCUCUGCAGCUCCCUGCCUUCCGCCUGGUCAGCCUGGAGAAGAAGGAGCUGCUGGGGGGCUGCUGCGUGUUCGUGACGUGCCGCCAGCGCAACUGGCCCCUGACCAUGGGCACGGUCUGCUCCCUGCUCUAUGCCAAGCAGGACCUGUUUGCCAGCGUCUACCUGAGCCUGCAGAAGGAGCUGGAGCUCUCGGUGCCCGCCCUGAGCCUGGCAGACCUGGUGACAACGCACCUCAACAGCUUCCGGCUGCUCCAGCCCACGGCCAACAUCCCUGCGCCGUUCCUGGAGGACAAGGAGAAGCUGCUGGCCCGGACCAUGGCCAUUGUGGAGCUGGCCAGCGAGACGUGGCUGGUGACCGGCCGGCACCCUGUGCCCAUCGUCACGGCCGCGGCAUUCCUGGCCUGGCAGUCCCUGCGGCCCGGCCCGCGCCUCUCCUGCCCCUUGGCGCGGUUCUGCCGCCUGGCAGGGGUGGAUCUGCCUCCCCCUGCCCACCUCAGGCUGAAGGAGCUGCUGGAGAUCCUGCUGGGAAUGGCCUCCCAGCUCUCCUGGCUGCGCGGCUUCGACUUGGACAGGAAGGUGGUGGUGAAGCACAUCGGGGACCUGCUGCAGCACCGCGUGUUCCUGCUGAAAAACGCCUUCAGCCAGCAGGGAGAGGAGCAGCAGGACACGGCCCCGGGCCUGGGCUGCCUGGACCAGGGCUCUGUGGGCCCAGGCUCCCUGGAUAAGGGCUCCCUGGAUAAGGGCUCCCCAGGCCAGGACUCCCCAGAUAAGGGCUCUCUGGAUAAAGGCUCCCUGAAUGAGGACUCCCCAGGUAGGGACUCCCUGGAUAAUGGAUCCCCAGGCCAGGGCUCUGUAGGUCUGGGCUCUGUGGAUGAAGACUCCUCAAAUAAAGGCUCCCUGCAUAAAGACUCCCCAGGUACAGGCUCCCCACGCCAGAGCUCUGUGGAUAAGGGCUCCCUGGGUAAGGACUCUCCAGGUAGGGAUUCCCUGGAUAAGGGAUCCCCAGGCCAGGGCUCUGUAGGCCCAGGCUCUGUGGAUAAAGACUCCCUGGAUAAAGGCUCUGUGGAUAAGGACACCCUGGAUAAAGGCUCCCUGGAUAAGGGAUCCCCAGGCCAGGAUUCUGUGGGCCCGAGCUCUCUGGAUAAGGACUCUCCGGAUAAGGACUCCCAGGUUAAGAACUCCUCUGGCCAUGGCUCUCCCAGCUCUGCUCCAGGCACACAGCAGCAGGGCUGUCCCUGGGCAGGGCCAGGCCGGCGUGGGGGCCCCCUGAGGCCCCUGCUGCCCCCCUGCCUCAUCCACCCCAGGAAGAGGCUGCGUCCGGCAGCCCCGAGCGCUCCGGCCGAGGCCACCACGGGGGACGAGCCCAUCUCGGACAGCGAGAUCGAGCAGUACCUGCGGAGCCCUGAGGAGAUCCACGCCCUCAGGAAGGCCAGGGCCUGGCUGUGAGGGUGGCUGUGGCUCAGAGGAUGGUGCUGCCAGGGACAGUUUUGGGACCAAAAGUGUGAAGCCCAGCAGGGACAGUGAUUGUGCUGCAGACAGGUAGCCAUGGAACAAGGCUGUGGGGAGGGAGCAGGCUGAUCCUCCUUAAUGUGCUGGGGCUUUUUAUGGAAGCACUGCUUCAGGUCAUGGUACAUUUCUGUUACAAAUAAAUAAAAGUGCAGCUGCCAGGUUUCCAGGGCAGCCUCACCUUGGACUUCUC